AUGACAUACCACACUCUGAACAAGAAUGAUUUUAUUAGUUUCCAACGUGAGCGUAUGUCUCUACUUCAUCAAGUUUGCAGUGGCGUGGUUGCCGCUAAUGACAUGGAUCACAAUCAAUUAUUUUCCGACCUUCUUUCUCAUAAAGAUUUAUGGGCGUUUCCAACGCGCCAUGGAUCUCUGGACAAGCUGCGCACUACGUGCCUGUAA